GUACCAAAUACAAAAUAAACACAAAAUUCAAGAAAUUGCGCUCACUGUAAAACAAAAGGCAAAUAUUAAAAGGAUUAUUAGCUAUUAAAUAAAUAAUGAAGAUGGAUGACAAAAGAUUCAAAUUACUCUUAGGAGUCCAUUAUUUAGGCUCAACAAGUAAAUUAUGUUAAUCACUUUUAGACUACUUUGCUACCUCCACUAAAACAUCUACAAUAAAAAAAUGUGUUUAGACUCAAACUUACACUUAAGAUUGUACUCAAAAUGACUAUUCAACACAAUCUCCAUAAAUUAUUAAGGUAAAUAUUCUAAUAUUAUAAAUCUAGAAAAUCAAGACCACUGCAGAUAGUACUUAACUUACAUAUGAAGAUAAUCUAUAUUGCCAUGAAAAUCUUAAAAUACAAGAUUAUACAUAAAUGCCCAUCAAUUUUACUAAUACAACCACUAAUAUACCUAAAUAAAAAGAGUUCUAUUUCAUCAAUCCACUCUAUAUCUAAGAAUUCAAAGAAAAAGAAUAUAAUUAUAAAACUAGAGCCAUCAUACUUAAUCGAAUUCUUGAUAAUUGUAUUAAUAUGAACAAUCCGUAUUUCCAUAAAGCAAUCUAUUUAUUUGAUCUAUUUUUAAGCAAAAUUUAAUGCAAGACAAUCACUAAUUAAUAAUAAUUACGAUUCCUAUCAUUAGCUAUCAUUUUUUUGAUCACUAAAAUGAAUGUUGAAAUUCCAAACAUCAAUAUAUUACUUUCAUAAUCAUCACUUAAUAUGAGUAAAUAACAAUUGUUAUAAUAUGAACGAUUUAUCCUUAAAGUUUUGGAUUGGCAUAUAAAUCCACUUACAUUAUAAGAUGUAUUUUAUGAAGUCAUUUUACGAUUUUAAAGAACCUUUCCAAAAUUAAAUAUUUACACUUCCAAUCAACAACUUAAUCUUAAGAUAUAAAUUAACGAUAAAGAUAUGAAAAUUAUCAACCAAAUACUCAAUGUUAUAGUCUUAGAUCAUAACUAUCUUAAUUAUGAUUUAGAAGAUCUUUCAUUUUCCAUUUUGUAUGUUAUCUACUCAAAGGAACUCAAAGAUAAUCAAUUCGAAGAUUUUUUAAAAGACCAUAACAAAUCCAAAUAACAAAUCAUGGCUUCUAUUAGAUUUGUAUCCAAAUUUAUUAGAGUCAUUCAAUAAUUGGUAAUAAAUUAUACUUAAUUUUAGAAUGAAAAAUAAUUAGACAUAAAUUCAUUAGAAAUACUUAAACUAGUUUGUGAUUGA